AUUUAAGUUUAGAAAAUGUUUUUAAUGUGUGCACAUUUAGGCAUUAUAACAGGCCUAACAGUUUUUGUUAUUAUUUUAUAUGAUUUUGAUAGAAAAAGAAGAUUAGAUCAAUGUUAUAAUUAUAAAGUACAAAAAAAACGAGCUGAAAUCAAACUCAAAGAAACAGAUGAAUUUAGAUACAGAUUGAUGGCAUUUCCUAUAUCAAAUAAAAUUAAAUACAUAAAAAAAUUUGUAAUACGAGAAAUACAAAAAGGUGAAGAAUAUAUGGUCCAAAAUAACUAUACCAAAGCAGUAGAACAUUUUGCAAAUGGUUUAAGUAUGAUAGAUCGUGAUCACAAACUCAUUAAUAAUUUAUCUAAAAAUGUGACACAGGAAAUGUGUAUAGAAAUAAAAAAUCAAGUGCAGAAAAUACAAACUAUGUUAGCAAAGAUAAAAAUGUUGAAAUCGUAAUAAAUUACCUUAGCUUUA